UUGUCUUCUUCUCUUCUUCUUCUUCUUCUUUAUUCCUUCCAUUUCCUUUCUUUAUUCUCUUAUUACCACUCUCCCAACAGAAGAAUAAUAAAAGCAAUAUGCAUCAUCAUCAUCAUCAUCAUUCUCAGCUCCUCCCUUGUUUGCAAUGCCACCCACAAAGCUAUAUUAGAAUGGUUCAACAUUUGAUUGAGAGAUGUCUCAUACUACGUAUGAACCGUGAUGAUUGUGUUCAAGCUCUUGCUCAGCAUGCAUGCAUUCAACCUCUUGUCACACUUGCUGUUUGGAAAGGAUUACUAAAAGAGAACAAGGGUUUCUUCCACUCAUACUUGCAUGAAAUUUCACCAAGACAUUAUAACUAUAAAGCUCAUGGGAGAUUUUCAGGGUUUGGUAGAAGGAAGCAAUGGAAAUGUCAUGGAAAAUGAUGAAAGAAAAAUGGCCAAAUAUAUAGUUCAAUUUCAUGAUAGCCAAAUUUCAAAGCCUAGACUAUAAAUAAAUAAUUCUAUGCAAACUGGUUGAUUUAUUUUAAAUCAUUUUAUUAUCUUGAUCCAGGAUAAUUCCAGGGUGCAUUCC